CUUCCUACCCCACCCUGCCAUCACACCACCACCACCUCUCUCUUCUCGCCUAAUCUUCGUCGGUGAAGGACCUUCAGCACGCAUCUUAGAAACUUGGCUUUGUACUUAUUUAUUUGAACACGACACGUGUUUACGCUGCUGAAUCCUUCCGCAUCCCAAUAAGAUUUAGGAACGUCUAGUUCUCGCGAACCGCAAAGCUCGAGAUGUACUCUUCCGAACAUUCGGGAAGUCCUCGGCACGUGCUUCCGCCGCUGGGUGCGAAUCACCACCACCACGUUCCUUCGUCACUCCUCUCCAGACCACCCCCGAGCCAUCACCCCUCCUCGUCCAUUCUGCGCGACGAGCAGGCGGGGGCGGGUCUAGUGCAACGCGAUGCGGCCAUGGACACAGGCGCGGGGUCGUCGGGCGUGGACAUGGGCGGUCACUUGUCGAGCGGCGCGGGCAUCGGCGACCUCAUGAGUCAGAUGUCGGAGUUCCCGUCACGCAAGAUGGGGCAUCGCCGCGUCGCUAGCGACAGCCUUCACGGCUUCUGUUUCGGCGGCGGGGGCGUCGCGAACGCGCCGAGCAGCAGCGACGGCAUAAUGCUGGACGACAUGGACGUGGCGUCGGCGGCGGCCGCGGUGGCGGCGACUCUGGGCGGGGCGAUGGACGACGCCAUGCUCUCUGAGAUGGUCGACGCUGCCGCGCACCCGCUCUCGGCGGGGCCGGGCACUUCAGCGGGGGGAGCGCCGAGCGGGUAUAUGUACCAGGGCGGUAGCAUGCAGGCCGACAGCGGCACCAGUGCGGGGGCGGCCAGCAGCAGCGGAGGCGCAGGCGCAGUGGGGGCGGGAGGCGGAAUUGGCGGGGGCAUCAUGGGCGGCGGAGGUGUACCGAGCGGCAGCGGAGGGAACGGCGGGGUGCUGGGAGGGCGUAUGGGGUACGGCGGUAGCGGCGCGGCGACAGGGGGAGGGGCGGGGGGCGGCGGGCAUUCGCGGAGCUUCUCGGUGGAUGACGCGUUCCUCUUUAAGGUGGGGCCGCUCAGGGAGUCGCUCGACCCCGUCCGCUCGCCACUCAACGCCAGCCCGCUGCUCUCGCGCCGAUCGCGGCGGGCGGACGGCGUGAUGUCGAUAAAGGACGAGGUGGACGAGCUGGACGACGACGACGCCGUGCGCCGCGUCCUCGCGUCCAAGAAGGCGGCCGACGGCGACGUCAUCGACGCCAAGAAGGCCAAACGCAUCUUGGCGAACCGGCUGUCGGCGGCGCGGUCGAAGGAGCGCAAGACGCGGUACAUCAUGGAGCUGGAGGAGAAGGUGGCGGCGUACGAGAAGCAGGCGCACGCGCUCAAGGCCACGCUCUCCAUCCUGCAGAGGGAGACGACGUCUCUGGCGGAGGCGAACGACGGCAUGGCGAAGAAGCUGCAGCUGCUGGAGCAGCUCUACCAGCAGAGCGAAGUGGAGAACAAGCAUCUGCACGACCAGGUGGAGGUGCUGCGCAAGGCAGCGGGGCUGCCGCCGCUGUCGCCUGUGGGCAAUGCGCCCGCCACCUCCAAUGCGCUGCUGCCUGGCGCCUCUCACCCGCCCCUCAGCCCCACAGGCGGGGCUCCGCCGUCCCCGCAGGGCUCCAUGUCUGUGGACGGCCAAAUAGGCCAGCUGCUCAAACUGCUGCAGAACCAGCCACAGGCCGUUCAGGCCCUGCUGGCGGCUCAGCAGCAGCAGCAACAAACGCAGCAGCAGCAACAGCAGCAGCAGCAUCAUCAUCAUCAUCAUCAUCAGCAGCAGCAGCAGCAGCAGCAGCAGCAGCAGCAGCAGCAGCAGCAGCAGCAGCAGCAGCAGCAGCAACAGCUUCUGGCACUUUUACAGCAGCAGCAAUCAGGCCAAUCACUUUCUUUUAUUGGACAAGGAGGGCAGCAGCAACAACAGCAGCAACAGCAUCAGCAGCAGCCUCCACAGUUGUUUUUAAAUCGCACCAUGUUCAACGGAAUGUCAUAGCAUGGUUAUUGGGUAGGUGUGCUGUCGCUCUGCAUCCUGCUUGGUACCAUGCCACAUUCUGAACAUGUGCGCUGGUGCCUUUGUCCUUUCCCUGACAGCACCAUCAACUGCCCUUGCUGAACAUGCCCUCAGCUGCUGCUUUUGUUCGCUAUCAUAACACCCAUUUCACCUGGCACAUCCGCUGCUUGUCAUUAUGCUUAACUUCACCCACACAAAGAAGUUUGCAAUUGCGCGAAGGGUUCAUAUCUGCUCAUUCUGCUUCUAGGAAUUGAACUAUGCUCUAGUGUAUUUUCCUUUUUUCAGCCCACAAGAGCCGUGCUUGCAGUUGAUCUGUGGUUCAGUGUUAGGGUAAAUGGUAUUUUGACUUUAUUCCCAUGUAGAUGUAGGUGAUCAAAUUUUCUAGACUGACCUAUCAAGUGUAUGCUUAGGUAUGUUCUUACCA